GCCGCACCAAGGAAGCUUAAGAGAGUAAUAUGCUUCUUUAAGCCGCACAAGGAAGACGCAUACAGUUGUCGUGACGGAGUGAGCGUGGUAGGCUGAAGGUGGCGCCAUCAGGAGUAGCAACUGAGCCCCUUUCUUCGACAAAACUGACAGCGGCUGCGUUAACAGUUAUACUGAGUCCGUAACCGCGGCCAAAGGAAUACUGGAGGAGCAGGUGCCUGAGUGUGUGUGCAAGUCUGCGCUGCUAUGCCAUCCCUGACCAUCUACGUGACAUGAGCGAGGCAGACAUAAGCACCGAUUCCCUGGAGGACUGCCAAGACCUAAAAAGCGGCGUUAGCAUGGCGGACUCCUCAACAGCGUGUGCAGAGGAAUCAAUGCAGGAUGAGGAUGACGACGAGAACGACGAAAACGCCCUGGUUGUGGUGAUGACAGAAGCUGAGGAGGAUACUAACGACGAGGAUGGCGACCACAGCGGCGAGGGCAAGGACAACGAUGAGGAUGACGAUAAUGAAGAAAGUGACGAUGAUAGUGACAGCAAGGACGAUGAAGGCGACACCAAGGAUGAUGAAGGCGAAAGCAAGGACGAAGGUGACGAAAGUAGAGACGAUGUUGGCAGCAACGAUGGUGAGACUGCAGUGAGGACAUGUAAGGAGAGAGUUUUGAGGACACAGCAAGGUGAGGACAGAGACCCAGAUCAGCCUGUCUCUCUAGGCUUUUCCGAUGCCCUGGACGAGAUGCUGCUGCAGCACGGGGAGUUCCCCGCCUCGCCGCUCCUCGCUUCCUCCCUCAGGUAUCGGAACACAUCGCUGGACGCGCUCCUCGACUUCAGGUCCCACACCAGGCAGCCCGCCUCCCAUGCUGGUGCCGCCGCCGCCACAACGCAUGACCAUCGCCUCGGUUUUAAGGAGGAACAGUCGCCGCCGUCAGUCCUGUCCUGGAGAACCGGGGAAGGGGGUGAGUGUCUUUGGUCUCCCUCCACUAGCGCUUCCUUCGCCAGCUCCCGUGCCGCUGCAAGGAAUGUGGACAACUCCUACACGCCUGGCCCUGCGUGCUUCCUCGGCGCCCGCUGCCUCCUGCCUGGUGAGCACCACUCGCCUCCCCCAGCCCAUCAGGCCGCUGGAUCCCUUCCAGCAUGCAGGUACUCCAGGCAGCCACCAGCAUACAACUGGCACCUGCCCCCCGCCCCCUGGCAGCCCACCACCGUCCCCUGGCAGCCGCCCACCGUCCCCUGGCAGCCGCCCACCGGCCACUGGCAGCCGCCCACCGCUCACUGGCAGCCACCUGUCCCACAGUGGCAGCCGCCCACCGCCCACCAACAGCCGCCCACCGCCCACUGGCAGCCACCCUCCGUCCACCACAAGAGUGACGGUCGCCGGUCACCAAAGCUCGACGCGGCGGAUGUGGAUGGAAACAGCAGCGAGGCGGAUGGACGGAAGUGCUCACCGCGGAGAGCGAUGAUUAAUGAAGUGAUGCUCAACAACACCCGCGCCUUCCGGUCUCACCCUCUGUACCCGUUGCUGCACGACCUGGCGGUGAUCGACCACUACUUCAACAAGGCUGCCUUCAACCUGGGGCCCCUCCUCUCCUUCCUGCCAUCGACCACGGAGGAAAUGGUGACCCUGUACCUGAGGAGCAACCCACACGUGGCCCUCAACUUCAGUGAGGACACGCAGAGCCUUGCCGUGGACGCCGUGGUGCUGGAUGCCGUGACCUACACGCACCACUCCCUGCUGGAGAAGGUGACAUUCAAGUCGUCGCAGGAGGCGACGAGGAUGAGGGAGAGGGCAGCGAAGGUCGGCAGGGAGCGGAGGGGCGUGGAGGAGAUCCGCGACCGCUAUAUGGACGUGCUGCGCUCCUCCAAGCCCCUGCGCCGCGCCUGGCUCGGGGACUGCACUGCUCCUACCACCACCACCACCACCCUCACCACCACCACCACCACCGGGAGAACCAGAGCGGAGGGCGCGCAUUACACGGAGAGCGACGACAAGACGUUCCUGGACUCCCUCCAUCUGGACAGCUUGCCCGCGCCACUCUCCCCCAUCCCUGACACCAACCCCGCCCCCUCUACCCUGCACUCUGUCUCCGCCACCUCCUGCAUCCCCCAGGUCUGCAGCACAGCCUCCCUGAGUGUCACCCUGACCCUCACAGUGUCCACCACCACCACCACCACCACCACUACCACCACCACUGCUGCCGACAACGCAGUCACCGCCCCGUAUCCUGCAGACGCCCGCCGCAGGAUGCCCAAUACCCACCACAGCAGGGAAGCCCGGGAGGUGCUGCGGGCGUGGCUGAAGGAACACCAGCACUACCCUUACCCUGACGACGACCAGAAAGCGGCGCUGGUGCGGCUGACGGGGCUCACCGUGCAGCAGGUGACGCGCUGGCUGUCCAACGCGCGCCGCAGACACUUGCCCAGGCUGAAGGCAGACAGAGGGACCCAGUGACUGACAGACUGAGAGACAGAGUGACAGGCGAGGGGAUGAAUUAAUGUCGCCUUGAUGUUAAGCGUCCAGUAAGUCCCUAAAAACAAUGUUAAAACCGGUUUAGACAUUGAGGAAAAGAAAGAAAAAAUGUACUGCAAAAAAAGAAACCGCCGCAUGAAAACAAAGAAAACAAAACUAAAAACAACAUUAAACAUAAGGAAAACGACGUUUUAGAAAAGGGAAACACCUUACGGUGAAAAGAUGGAAAAAAAUAGAUAAAAAAAAAUUCUUUUAGACAACGAAAGAAAUAACACCACUGAUUUUUAAACGGCCAGUAAGCAACCCUGAAAAUGAUGUUGAAUUCAAUUUAUAAAACCAAAAGAAAAAAAAAUAGCUUAGAUAAGGAAAGAAAAAAGUAGUACAAAAAAAUAAAAAAAUAAAACGCUUUAAACAACGAAAUAGAAAAAAAACUGCUCUAGACAGUAAAAAAAAAAAAAAAAACGCUUUACUAAACAAAAAAAUGAAAAAAAAGACAAGAAGGAAAAAAAGACAAGAAGGAAAAAUCAUUGAAAAAAUCUGAGAUAACAAACGAGGAGAAACAAAUAUAGGAAAGGAAGACCAAAAAUCAGCAGACGUCCGGUUGUAGCGAGACAUCAAAUUUUCCGUCUUCAAAUACUGCAAGCUGUAAAUGUCUCCACAAAUGAAACCUCAGAAAAAUGAAAUUCGCAUAACUUUCCUCUGUAAUCUCCUGGCACCGAAUUCCCCUAGAUGAUAUACAUAAACACAGCACUGCUUGAAACGGAAAACACUGAAAAGACUACACAAAUAUUGCAUCCAUUUAGAAAGAGAAAAGUACAAGAGAGGAGACCAAUAGUGAAGAGAAACAUCAGGGCGCAGCAACUGGAUGAAAACAUGUUCCUUACAACGUCAACCUGAACCUGAAAGCAAGGAGACCAGCGUGUGAAAGGAAACAUCAGGGACGGAUUUGUGCUGUGGUAUGGAGGAGGAUGACCCUGUGAAUGUGGCGUGGGGGAGCCAACUAGGGGAAACUAUUAAGGCUUUCUUUGGGAGAUGGGAUAGAGAAAGACAGGAUAGAGAAAGACACGAGACAGCUGGGCCUGGAGGGAGAGGAUGCACAAGACCCCAUCAGGAAUUAAUAAGGCAAAAAAAGAAGAGAAGGUGGGCAGAAUCGAACAGUAAAGUGUGACUGUUAGGGAGAGGUGAUGGACGUAGAGCAAGCGAGAGUGAUGAAAGGGGUGAGAUGAGAAGAAUGAAAGAAAACGAAGGGAUUAGUAUCGGGUGAGGUAGGACAGUGACGUGUGCUGGUGGGGGGCGGGCGGUGAAGGCAUGUCGGAAACUGGAGUUAGGAUGAAGUGAGGGGAAAGGAAAGGGUUGGUGAGGGUUUGAAGAACUCGUGAGAAACUAGAAAAACCCACCAAUGUCAUUUCGCUUUUUUUUUUUCUCUUUCUCUAUUUGUCAUCAGUUUAUUUGUAUUCUUAGAGCGAUAGAUAAAUAGAACGGAUUCGGUAAUCAGGUUGUUAGUGCUGAGUCAUUAGGAAGCUUUUAAAGAUCAGACAGAUUUAUGGAU